GCUCAGCCGCAAAGGGAGGCGGGAGGAAGCGGUGCGCUUUCCUCUUAGGCGGCGCCAUUUUGUGCUCCGAGCCCUCCGGCGGUGGGCUGUGCGUGUGGAUGAGGCUGCCGAGCGGGGCGGGAAGUCGCGCCGGCGAGGAUGGCGGAACCUGUCACCGGGUCGGGCGACCCCGGCUCUGGUCCGGUCGCCUCGGAAACGGGAAUGCGGCGACUCAGCGACCUGCGGGUGAUCGACCUGAGGGCGGAGCUGAAGAAGCGGAACCUGGAUACGGGCGGCAACAAGAGUGUGUUGAUGGAGCGGCUGAAGAAGGCAGUUAAGGAGGAAGGACAAGAGCCUGAGAUCAGCAUCAGCUGGGGAGCUGCAAGCAAGAGGGCCAUAAAAAGAUGCGCCAAAGGACUCAAGAUGGAGGAGGAGGGCAGCGAGGACAACAGCCUGGAAGAAGAUUGCAGAGAUGGGCAGGAGGACGGGGUUGUGACUCUGCAGAGCUCACAGGACAGGGACAGCAUGGACACAGGUGUGCCAGAUGGGACAGAGGCUGAGGACCUCAGUGAGCCCUGCCUGGGGGAGGGCAACACCAACGACAGCAUUCUUCAUGCCUUCAGUGACAGUAAAGAGUACGUGGCCGCGCAGCUGGGACAGCUUCCAGCUCAGCUCCUGGAGCAUGCUGUAAAUGAGAAUGUCUUUAAGACUUUGGAAACUUCUGUGUCAGACUUCAAAGUAACGCUGGCUGAUGAAGGAGCCCCCUUGGAACCAGAAAAUGAGAAAAUACUCGACAUUUUGGGGGAAACUUGUAAAUCUGAGCCAGUAAAAGAAGAAGGUUCGGAGCUGGAACAGCCCUUUGCCCAGGUCACGAGUAGCGUGGGGCCAGACAGGAAGCUGGCGGAGGAAGAGGACCUAUUUGAGAGCUGCGGCCACCCGGAAGAGGAAGAAGAGGAAGAGCAGGAAGAGGAGCAAGAGGAGGGAGAUUUAGCUUUGGUCCACAACAGCGAGUCUGAGUCUCCAAGCACUCGGUGUCAGUGGAGCGAGGCAGAAGCCCCGUUAGCAGUAGUGAAAAGGGACCUGGUGAAGGUGAUGAACGAAGGUGCCAAGCGCAGGUGGAGGUACAAGGAGGCUCGACUGCACCGGGUGCCUGCAAAGCUGGCAGGCGGAGGCCCCGGGAUGGACCGUGAACCUGUAGGGCUAGAGGAGCCAGUUGAGCAGAGUAGCACAGCUGCCCAGCUCGAGGAAGCCACCAGCCAGGAGCUGGUGAGAGCGCCCACAGCAUCCCUGAGCCCUGAACCCCAAGAUAGCAAAGACGACGUGAAGAAGUUUGCUUUUGACGCUUGUAAUGACGUCCCUGCAGCUCCUAAAGAGUCCUCAGCCAGUGAGGGCGCUGAUCAGAAAAUGAGCUCUAUUAAGGAAGAACAGGAUAUAAAACCAGUCAUUAAAGACGAGAAAGGCCAUGCCAGCUGUACCUCGGGAAGGAACCUGUGGGUCAGCGGGCUGUCCUCCAGCACACGUGCUGCUGACCUCAAGAGCCUCUUCAGCAAGCACGGGAAGGUUGUCGGGGCCAAGGUGGUCACCAAUGCCCGAAGUCCUGGGGCUCGGUGCUAUGGAUUUGUGACCAUGUCCACGUCAGAUGAGGCUACCAAAUGCAUCAGCCACCUGCACAGAACCGAACUGCAUGGAAGGAUGAUCUCUGUGGAGAAGGCUAAAAACGAGCCCUCCGGGAAGAAGUCGGCAGACAGGAGAGCUUGUGACCUGAAGGAGAAGGUGCCAGGGCCGGACAGGCCUCACCCUGUGGAGAUCAAGAUGGAGAAGUACAAAAUAGACAGGUACAGACCUGGUGGCCUGGCAAGUGCCUGCCAGCUUGUGUUGCUGUCACCGUUGAAGGAACUUUGGCAGGAGGGAUCUGUAAUGGAGAAGGUGAUUGUUAGAACAGUGAUCAAGAAGGAAGAGAAGCUAGAAAGAAAGGAGGAAAAAAGGCUGGAAGACAUUAAAAAGGAGAAGGAUCAAGAUGAGCUUACACCAGGAACCGCCAGUCGGUCUCGAGUCGCCAAAUCAGGAAGCAGAGGCACGGAACGUACAGUCGUGAUGGACAAGUCCAAGGGUGAGCCUGUCAUCAGCGUGAAGGCUGCCAGCCGGUCAAAGGACAGAAGCUCUAAAAGUCAAGACCGCAAGUCGGAGGGUCGGGAGAAGAGAGACAUCCUGUCAUUCGACAAGAUCAAGGAGCAGCGGGAGCGGGAGCGCCAGAGGCAGCGGGAACGAGAGAUCAGGGAGACAGAGCGGCGACGGGAGCGGGAGCAGCGGGAACGGGAGCAGCGGCUAGAUGCCUUCCAGGAACGGCGUGAGAAGGCGCGAGUGCAGAGGGAACGGCUGCAGCUCGAGUGCCAGCGGCAGCGGUUGGAGCGGGAGCGGCUAGAAAGGGAGCGACUGGAGCGGGAGCGCAUGCGUGUGGAGCGUGAAAGGCGCAAAGAGCAGCAGCGCAUUAUGCGUGAGCGUGAGGAGCUGCGGAGGCAGCAAGAACAGCUGCGGGCUGAGCAGGAGCGGCGGGCGCUGCGCAGACCCUAUGACCUGGAUGCCCGCAGGAGGGAGGACAGCUACUGGCCUGAAGGGAAGCGUGCAGCCAUAGAGGACAGGUAUCGAGACUUCCCACGGCUGGAUCACCGCUUCCACAACUUCGACCACCGGGAGCAUGGCCACUACCAGGAACAUGUCAUAAGCAGGAGAGAUGGGUCCAGACCAGGAGUGGAGGAACGUGAUGAGCAGCACUACCUAGAUGAUCACCACAGCCAUGCAGGCUCCCUUGAGUACCAUGGUUGGGACUCCCGAGACAGCUGGCGUGGCUACAGUUCUGACAAGAAAGUGAAUGAAGGCCAAGGGCUGCCCCCUCCCCCCAGGGUCAGCAGAGAAUGGGAAGAGCACAACUCACGGCUGGAGGAGCAGCAGGUUCCCGCCUGGCACGGUGCUGUGAACACAAACACGACAGGCCACGAGCACAUGCGGUGGCGAGGUGCUGAGCGGGGCCUUGCAGGACCUGGGCACGUGCAUGUGGCAGCAGGCAGAGGUGGCAUGGCUGGGCAAAGCAGCUUUGCACAUGGUGGACAUUCCCAGGGCCAUGUGGUGCCCACUGGUGGACUAGAAGGUGGCGGCGUGACCAACCAAGACCAGGAUAGCAGAGUCCUCCACCCCCACCUUCACCCCCACUUCACCCGCCGUUACUGAGCCCUGCUCUGGACCAAACCCUGCUGCUGCACUUCAGGCGGAGGCUGUGGCCCAAGCCACCUUGCACUUGGGGCACCGCUGGCAGUCCCAGGCACUGCAGAGUGUCGGUGUGAACUCACUCUUCUAGUGUUUUUAAUAAACACGGUACUGUUCUGCCAUUUGUAAGACAA